CCGUUGGUGAGUGUUUCCCAUUAUGGCGGAGGGGCCAGUCGUACGGAUGGACUGUCUCUCCCACUCUGAUGCUUGUUUUGUGUCUUGAGGGAGGGCGUUUUUAUUUUUAUUUUUUUUUACCUUCCCCCGCCACAGCCUGGUUUCUUUUCCACUAGACUGCACUCGUGUUUUGUCGGCGAAGCCAUGGCAGACCGCGGCGUGGAUUUGUCCGCCCUGCCAAAAGAGGUUAGAGACCAAUUGGCGGAGUUGGAUCUGGAGCUGUCUGAAGGUGACAUCACGCAGAAGGGCUAUGAGAAGAAGAAAGCCAAGCUGCUGGCCUCCUACAUCCAACAUUUGCCAAAUGUGGAUCUGUCUCUGCCAGAUGUACAGCUUUCCCCAGGUCACAGUGCCGAUCCCAGCCCCAGCCCUGAGGCCCCAGGCCCCUCCACAUCUUCAGCCUCCAGACACCACCGUGCACACCGUAGUGGAGGGGCCAGGGACGAGCGCUAUAGAUCAGACAUCCACACAGAGGCUGUGCAGGCAGCACUGGCCAAACACAAAGAGGAGAAGAUGGCACUGCCCAUGCCAACCAAGAGACGCUCAGCCUUUGUCCAGUCUCCCAUAGAUACCUGCACACCUCCAGAUACAUCUUCUGCAUCAGAGGAUGAGGGCUCACUGCGCAGAAAGGCAGCUCUCAGUGCAGUACUAGCCCAGAGCCUGCAGAGUCCUGAUUACUGGAUCAACCGUUCCGUCCAAAGCUCCUCCACGUCCUCGUCUGCUUCCUCCACCCUCUCCCAUGGAGAGCCCAAGACGCAGCCACAGCCUCAGAUCACACCCGCUGCUUCCUUGUUGGCCGAUGUACUGGCCCACACACGCAUAGAAAACAGUGUCCCCCCAGAUGUGACAUCCUCUACUCCCCAGGAGAGAGGGUCCAGGGUGGACCUGCCUCCGGCAGUCAGGGGCAUGAGCCGUGGGCAGAGCCGCUCCAGCAUGCUGGAUACAGCUGACGGCGUGCCAGUCAACAGCAGGGUGUCCACUAAGAUCCAGCAGCUGUUAAACACACUCAAACGGCCGAAGAGACCACCACUCAGCGAAUUCUUCGUUGAUGACUCUGAGGAAAUUGUAGAAGUGCCACAGCCAGACCCCAACACCCCAAAGCCAGAGGGACGUCAAAUCAUCCCAGUGAAGGGGGAGCCUCUCGGAGUGGUCAGUAACUGGCCUCCUGCCCUGCAGGCUGCCCUGGCCCGCUGGGGGGCCACUCAGGCCAAGAGCCCUGCCCUCACCGCUCUGGAUAUCACCGGCAAACCUCUCUACACACUCACAUAUGGCAAAUUGUGGAGUCGCAGUCUGAAACUGGCCUAUACGCUGCUGAAUAAACUGGGCACCAAGACAGAACCUGUCCUUCAACCUGGAGACCGGGUGGCGCUGGUGUAUCCAAACAGUGACCCCGGCAUGUUCUGGGUGGCUUUCUAUGGCUGCCUUUUAGCUGAGGUCAUCCCUGUGCCCAUCGAGGUACCACUGUCACGACAGGAUGCUGGCAGCCAGCAGAUUGGCUUCCUGCUGGGCAGCUGUGGUGUUAGUCUGGCGCUGACCAGUGAGGUGUGUCUUAAAGGGCUGCCCAAGACACCAAACGGAGAGAUCAUCCAGUUCAAAGGAUGGCCGAGGAUGAAAUGGGUAGUGACAGAUACAAAGUACCUGACCAAACCAUCCAAAGACUGGCAGCCUCACAUCCCCACGGCCAACACAGACACCGCCUACAUAGAGUACAAAGCAAGUAAGGAGGGAACAGUGAUGGGAGUCGCUGUCUCCAAGAUCUCCAUGCUGACCCACUGUCAAGCCCUGUCGCAGGCCUGUAACUACUGUGAAGGGGAAACACUGGUCAAUGUGUUGGACUGCAAGAAGGAUAUGGGCAUGUGGCAUGGCGUCUUAACGAGUGUCAUGAACAGAAUCCACACCAUCACAGUGCCAUAUGCUGUCAUGAAAGCAUGUCCCAUGUCCUGGGUGCAGAGGGUCCACAUUCACAAAGCACGAGUGGCCUUGGUGAAGUGCCGUGACCUCCACUGGGCCAUGAUGGCCCACAAGGACCAGAGGGACACCAACCUGUCCUCAAUACGCAUGCUCAUUGUGGCUGAUGGAGCAAACCCAUGGUCUGUGUCGUCGUGUGAUGCCUUCCUGAAUGUGUUUCAGUCUCAUGGUCUGAAGCCUGAGGUGAUCUGUCCAUGUGCCACCUCUCCUGAAGCCCUGACUGUGGCUAUACGCAGGCCUGGUGCACGAGGAGCUCCACUACCAGCCAGGGCCAUCCUGUCCAUGGGCGGGUUGAGCCAUGGGGUGAUCAGGGUGAACACGGAGGACAAGAACUCUGCUCUCACGGUUCAGGAUGUGGGCCACAUCAUGCCUGGAGCUCUGAUGUGCAUUGUGAAACCAGACGGACCUCCUCAGCUUUGCAAGACAGAUGAAAUAGGAGAGAUUGUGAUCAACUCUCGGGCUGGAGGCACCAUGUACUACGGCCUGCCUGGCGUCACCAAGAACACAUUCGAGGUGAUCCCCGUGAACCAAGCCGGAGCACCUAUAGGCGAAAUUCCCUUCUCUCGAACUGGUCUGCUUGGAUUUGUAGGACCUGGAAGUCUGGUGUUUGUUGUGGGUAAGAUUGAGGGGCUGCUGAUGGUGAGCGGGCGACGCCACAACGCCGACGACCUGGUGGCCACCGCGCUAGCAGUGGAGCCUGUCAAAACAGUUUACAGGGGGAGGAUCGCUGUGUUCUCAGUGACUGUGUUUUAUGACGAGAGGAUAGUGAUCGUGGCAGAGCAGAGGCCUGACGCUAGUGAGGAGGACAGCUUCCAGUGGAUGAGUCGAGUGCUGCAGGCCAUCGACAGUAUCCACCAGGUUGGCCUUUACUGCCUUGCGCUCGUCCCAGCCAACACCCUCCCAAAGACGCCCCUUGGAGGGAUCCACAUCUGUGAAACCAAGCAGAACUUUCUGGAAGGGAACUUGCACCCCUGUAAUAUCCUCAUGUGCCCACACACCUGUGUUACCAACCUGCCCAAGCCACGCCAGAAACAGCCAGUGGACGUCGGUCCCGCUUCUAUGCUGGUCGGCAACUUGGUGGCAGGGAAACGGAUCGCCCAGGCUACAGGCAGAGAGCUGGGUGUGGUGGAGGACCAGGAUCUGAUCCGAAAGCUCUGUAUGUGGCCCACCAUGAUGCACCAGUUCUUGUCUGAAGCUCUGCAAUGGAGAGCUCAAACCGACCCAGACCAUGUCCUGUAUGUGCUGCUCAAUGCAAAGGGGGUGGCAGUGUGCACAGCCACUUGUGCUCAGCUGCACAAGAGAGCAGAGAAAAUCACAGCUACCCUAAUGGAGAGAGGAGGCCUCAACACAGGAGACAAUGUGGUGCUGCUUUAUCCCCCAGGUAUUGAUCUGAUAGCGGCCUUCUAUGGCUGCCUCUAUGCGGGGGUCAUCCCUGUGACUGUGAGGCCACCGCAUCCACAGAACCUGGCUGCUACUCUCCCCACGGUCCGCAUGAUCAUCGACGUAAGCAAAGCAGCCUGCAUCCUCACCACUCAGCCCUUAAUGAGGAUCCUCAGGUCCAGGGAGGCUGCUGCCAGCGUCAAUGUCAAGACUUGGCCCACUAUCAUCGAUACAGAUGAUCUCCCCAGAAAGAGGCCUCCGCACAUUUAUAAGCCCCCUACAGCUGAGAUGCUGGCCUACCUGGACUUCAGUGUGUCCACCACAGGCAUGUUGACUGGAGUCAAGAUGUCUCAUGCUGCAGUCAGUACUCUGUGUCGCUCCAUUAAGCUGCAGUGUGAGCUCUACUCCUCACGCCAAAUAGCCAUCUGCCUGGACCCAUACUGUGGCCUGGGCUUCGUCCUGUGGUGCCUCUCCAGUGUUUACUCAGGUCACCAGUCCAUCCUUAUCCCUCCCCUGGAGCUGGAGAGCUCACUGCCUGUGUGGCUGAGCACGCUUAGUCAGUACAAGAUCAGAGACACCUUCUGCUCAUACUCUGUGAUGGAGCUCUGCACCAAAGGCCUGGGGACCCAGACAGAGAUGCUGAAGGCGCGGGGUCUGAAUCUGUCAUGCGUGCGGAGCUGUGUGGUGAUAGCAGAGGAGCGUCCUCGCCUCGCUCUCACGCAGUCCUUCUCCAAGCUCUUCAAAGAUCUCGGCCUUUCGCCGCGUGCCGUCAGCACCGCCUUCGGCUCCCGGGUCAACCUGGCCAUCUGCCUGCAGGGCACUGCCGGACCAGAUCCUUCCACUGUCUACGUUGACAUGAAAUCUCUACGCCAUGACAGGGUGAGGCUGGUGGAACGAGGAGCUCCACAAAGUCUUCCACUCAUGGAGUCAGGCACUAUCCUACCAGGAGUGAGGGUCAUCAUAGUCAACCCGGAGACCAGAGGCCCAUUGGGAGAUUCACAUCUUGGGGAGAUCUGGGUGAACAGCCCUCACAGUGCCAGUGGCUACUACACCAUCUAUGGAGAGGAGAGCCUGCAGGCGGAUCAUUUCAACACCAGACUCAGCUUUGGGGAACCCCACACUCUGUGGGCCAGGACAGGCUACCUGGGCUUCAUCAAGAGGACUGAGCUACUGGACGCAAGCGGAGAUCGUCAUGAUGCCUUGUUUGUGGUGGGCUCCCUCGAUGAAACGUUGGAGUUGAGGGGCUUACGCUAUCACCCCAUUGACAUCGAGACGUCUGUGUCCCGAGCCCAUCGCAGCAUCGCAGAAAGUGCCGUGUUUACAUGGACCAACCUACUGGUGGUGGUGGCGGAGCUGAGCGGGUCGGAGCAGGAGGCCUUGGACCUGGUGCCCCUCGUCACCAACGUGGUCCUGGAGGAGCACCACCUCAUCGUCGGGGUGGUGGUCAUCGUGGACCCCGGGGUGAUUCCCAUCAACUCCAGAGGAGAGAAGCAGAGGAUGCACCUGCGGGACUCCUUCCUGGCCGACCAACUGGACCCCAUCUACGUGGCCUACAACAUGUGAUCGCCUCGUCACCGACUAAUGAAAAUGCAGAAAACUGAGCCAGGCUCUGAGAACGGACACGAGGGAGAAAGAGUUGGGGUGCGUUCAGUAGCAACCCCGAUGUUAAAGCUCAGACACACACUCAAAACACCAAACAAUGUGGGAAUGCGAGUACAGUAGGAGUACUGUAAUGAGAACGUGCUUCCCUCUCAGAAACUGUUCCUUCUUUGCUUCCACCUGCUCAAUCGCUGCAGUCCAGGUUCACCCUGAUUUCUACUGAGGAGGACGGAUAUGUUCUCUCCUCUUGAAAGUAGAUCCAUGGUCAACUCGAGGAAAUUUGAUCUUCAUCCUCUCGGUGCAUCCCAUUUCUCCCUCAUAGCUCCAAUUCAUGUUUUUUAAAGACAUUUUUCAUUACAUACUUUAAUCAAAGAAUGAAAUCCUCCCCUCCUUCCAUUCCUUGGUUUUUAUCCUGAACCAUUCAUCCUUGUGUGCUUGUUUGUUUUUUUUAAACCCCCCCUCCAUUCUUGAAGGCAGGAUGGCGCUCUGGAACUGCUGAGAGGAGCUGGAACUUUCCCCUCUUGCACUUUAAGUCCUCGCACCUCUGAGUCCACUUCCUGUCUCACCUGCCUCAAGGGGACGACCCCCCUAUGUUUGCUGCUUUCACAAGAGCAAAUCCACAUCAGUAUUAAAAAGUGCCACCAGCAACUGCAGCCCACAGGGGGCAGUCCUGACAUGUUACCUUCCUACCAGGUGCACCGUGGCUUUUACCUCCCAUCACAUACCGUAUCCUCUGGCCAGCAGACAUCCUGUCGGCAUUCACGUGUUACAAAACAAACUAUUUGUUGGUGUGGGAAAAGAAAGACUCGAUUCAUAAACACACAAACCAGGAUUUUAAAUAAAUGGGCAGAGAGACAGAUUAAUUUGCGGUAUGAGUAGGGGUUUAUUCAUUAGAUAGUUCUUGUGAAGUACUAACAAGUUUUUUAGGCACCGAUUUUCAGAAGAAGAUUUGAAGCUAUACCUGGUGUUUAGGUGUGCAUGCUAAUUUGGAGUGCAGUCAGUGUCAUCAUGCAGGCCAAAAAAAACAAAAAAACACCUGUAACAACCAGUCACAGCAGUGGAUUGGUUCGUUCAGCCGCAUGCAUGUAGAAUAUUUAGGCAGAGCUCAGCCCCACUUUGUGCCUCUCAUGUAUUGGCAUUACAUUUGAGUCACAGCAUGCAUCCGUUUCUGUAAGAAAUGAAUAAAUACCUGGUGUCCUGCAAGAUCUUUUAACGCUUACCGCUGUUCUGAAGGUAUUUCCAAAACCCUCAAAGACUCUUCUAACGAUCUGAAUGUAAAAAUACUGCACAGCGAAGUUUUUUUAACCUUCUUUCUCAAGUUCUGAUUGUAUUUUCUAAUACAGUUAGCUGAAACCUAAUUCCUUGGUUUAUUUCUUUUUGUAAAACACAAGCAAAAUAUUGUAUGAAAAUUCACAGUAUUGAACAGAGAGUGAAUCUUGUGCAGUGGAAAGAAUAUUCCUUCAGAUGGUUAUUGGAGUGUUUGAGAAGUCUGGUAAGUGUUGUUAAACGACCUUCUGGUUUUUUUCUUCAGACUGUCUGGUAUUUAUUUUUUUGAAAAAUAUAUAAAAUAUGGAUGGCGCUGUGACUCGAAUGUAAUUGCACAAACUGGUUUAGGCAGAGCUGACGAUUUAAGCUUUAACAGUUCAUUCUUGACUUUUAAAACAUCAGUUGAAAAGGUCCACUUCCUCGCGUUUUCCCGAGCUGUAAACUGUGCCCUGCUGAUGAGAACUGUGUAGUACAAUUGAAAGCUCCAGAACGAGCGAGUAAGUGGACCUUGAGUUGAGAUUUUUAUUUGUGGUCAAGGGCUGGCAGAGGAUAUAAUUCACCAGUUUCCUGGCUUGAACUGAAGUGAGCUGCUAGCUUUCAGUCUGUGUGUCGUUUCCCUUGUUAAAGGAUCUUUCAUUCAAUGUUAAGGCGUCACAGUCGAUUAGAUAAAUGUAGAUCAUCAGAAGGCAAGUCAGUGCCUUUUUACUGCACCACCGUGACAUUUAUGAUCAUGGACUGUAGAAUUUCUAAAAAAAUAAAAUACAAUAAAAUAUCAAGAAUGAGGACAGAACUUUGCCUUACUAAAACCCUGUGGAACUCCAGUACUUUUUAUGCUUAAUCCCUCAUUUCUAGCUGUGCUAAUGGUGUAUUUAAAGAACUAUUCCACCAUUUUUUUCAGAUGUGGAAUCAGACACCAGUUUCUAACUCAAAACUCAUAUCACGUUUUUUUAGAGGAAGGGGGGGUGUCUCGUUUCUUUGCGAAGAUUUUUUGCAGUCAUGCCUUUCUCAUUUCAUCAUUACCAUUUUAACUAAGUCUUUCUGAAUGUCUUUAACACUGAAAAAAAAAUAAAAUUUGGAAUGAACAACAAUCAGUAAGCAACCUGUGAUUUUAAAAAUGGCAGAAUCCUCCUUUAAAGGAAAAAAAAUGGAGGUAAUAAAUGAGGGUAAGGAUGUUGUCUGUAUACUGUAUUUUAGAGGUCAAAUACUGUAUUACUGGUGUUAAUGUGUACAUGAAUAUGAACUUUGUCGAUAAAAACUUGACUGAUCUUUCAUACUUGACAGCAUUUUUUCUGCAUUGUUAAUUUAUCACAUUACAAAAGAGAAGAAAAAAAAAAAGGUUUCAGAUUAUUUUGGCAGGAACAAUGUGCACUUUCCCAAUAUCAUUUUAUGUGCGUGUGUGUGUGUCCAUGAGGGAGUGUGUGUGAGUGAGUGUGUGUCCACCUCAACAGUGAUAUUUGGCUUUUCUGGUGCAACAAGGUUUGUCUUUUGUAAGAAAAUCCCAGAAUAUUGAACCAUUUUUUUUAAUUUCUUGUUUUUUUGGGUUUUUUUUUAAAUGUCGCCUCCACUGUAUUUUAAUUCUUUCCAUCCAAAAUUGGAAUUAAAUAUAUUUUAUAGGGGUUUCAUCAAUAUUUUCUGAUGUAAUCUUUUCUUUAAAACUGCACAACUUGCAACAGUAAAACAGCUGGUUUUGAUUUAGAAGCAGCUUGACGUACAAACACACCAAUAAACCACUUUUCAUUCAGUGACCGACACUGAGGACGCGUAUGCAAGCCAACAUCUGGGGCAAGUUGCUCAUGAAUAACAAAGUGAGGCUUCUGAGCUACUGUGUGAUAAUUGCUUUGUUGCUACUGUUUCACUCCGACAAGUUUUAAUAAAAAGUUUUAUAAUUUCAUGUCGGCCUUCAAGCCUUCUCAGUAGACGUUGGUGCUAUUCAAUAAGGGAAAGCUGGCAGACUUUUGUCCUCCAAUGUCGUAACAAAGAAAGUUUCUUCCUGGAUGCCCUUUUUGUGUGAAAAUAAGUCAUUCUUUUUCCAUGCCAACAUUUUCCAAGGUUUCACUCACUGCUCCAUUUAUAAAAUUGUUUUCAUCAGCUUCUGAGAUCUGAUGAAAACGUCCUCAACAGGCAACUCCACACGGACAAUGCAACUCGACAUAUCCACCAUAUUUGCCAUUUUAAUAUUUAUUUCAGGUUUUUUUUCCAACUUGUCCUGUUGUGAGGAUUGGCAUACAUUUCCAACCUCCAGUUUAUUCUAAGCACAAAAUGUAAAUGUACAUGUGAGGUAAUGAAAUUAGGAUCUUUCACACAAAAAAAAACUCAAGGGCCCACAAUGUAUACCUCAACGACUGUCUGUUCACUAUGCAUUGUCGAGCUGCAACAAAGACAUUCUAGUCAAUGGUGCGAUAACUUCUAACAACAUGUCUUACUUGACAAAAAUACUGUCACACUGUCAUUGGAUGUGUUUCAUGUCAAAUAAUAAAAAAAAACUCCUUUGUCAGAA